AUGGAUGUCCAUUCAAAACUUGUUUCAUCUGCUAAGUCAGCAUUAUCUUUUGAUAACAUCAAAUACUAUAAGGCGGAAGACAGUGGCUAUCACACUUCGUUUACUCCGGGGUCGUUAGAACAGUCAGAUCUAUCUAGCGAUUUGGAUGAAUCUUUGCCGCCAAGGACGACAUACGAUGUUACCCCAAACUAUCGUCGGUCUAGGUUCGGACCGUUAAAAGUACAUAAUGACAUAUCAACAGAAACAAGGCGGGGUAUCAAGCGCCCUCAUCCAAGUACCGAAGUUGUAAAACAUAUAACCACCAUACCAACACCAACGACAUUGCUAUCAGGUAAAAUUGAAAGCCUAGACGUCAAUGAGGAUAAAGAAAAUUCGUCGGUCUCUAUUCCACCUGAGAGUCCUUGUUCUUCAAAUAGCAGUAAGAGAUACCUUUACAGGUUACAAGUACCUGAACAAAUACUAUCGUACCCACUGACUCCAAUAAAACGAAACUGUAGAUUAGGCCCCUGCAGAUCAGCCAAGAAACUUGAGUUUUCAACACAUUCGCUUUUAUGUAAAAAAAGUGAACUGCAACAUGUUCCCGAAGAAUCAUCAAAAAUUCAGCUUAUACCUAUUCUAGCCAGACCUAACCAAAAAAUAGAUAUACUUAGAUUGUUGUGCGAAACACAUGCCACACCUGCAUUAGAAAAUAUUUUACUGCAUCUUAAUAAUGAGGACACUCAAAAUUUUUGUCUUGUAAGCAAGUCUUGGUGUCAUAUAUGGAAAUUGUACAGUAGCAAAAAGAAGAAGCGAAGUUUUAAGGAAUAUUUAAAAACAUCUCAAGAAAACCAAGAAAAUUGCGCAAAAGAGAGUAUAUCUAAAACGAAAUUGAGAAAAGUACAUGGUUGUCUUAGAGAUUUUAACAAUGAGAUAACAGAGAAUCCGGUAAAUAAAUCAGUCCGAAGUCCACCGAGUUCACCAAGAUCAAAUAGAUUCAGAAAGUUCACUAAGUCAGCAUCAUUGGAUUCAAGACUACAACUGUCAUGUGUAAAGUGUUCACAUCCUGCUAAAGUAACAGAAGAGCCUACUGGAGAAGAAUGGGUUGAGUGUACCAAUGUGACAUGCGCAUAUCAAUUCUGUAGAUCAUGUAAUUGCACUAGACAUCCAGGUAAGAGUUGUUUUCAAUAUGAUCUGAAUGCUCCAAGCCCAUCAAAGAGAAAAAAGUGUGAAUAUGCUGUUGGAACAAUGAAAAGUAAAAAGAAUUUGCGCAGAUUAUUGUGA